AUCGGUCUAACAUGGCUCUGUCUGUGGGUCAGAAUUAUGGCAGUUCUCGGACUGUCUUGGUCAACAACCAACAAGUUGACCUCCAGAAUUUGAAAGAGCUGCGUGACCUUCCGGAGAAGCAUCGCGCCGGUCGAGAGGAGGAGAUCCGGAGUGGGGCGGAGUUCUUGCAGCAAUUUCCCAGGUUCCCGGCCAGCAGGGCUUGUGCAGACCUUCCCUGGGCCAUUCUCUUCCUGCUGACUCUACUCGCAUUGCUCCUCUUCGUGGCCACUUCUAUGGGUGAGCUGAACUCCCAAGCUGCGGCGCAUUCUUCGCGGCACCUCCAAACGACCAGCUAUGGAUAUGUUGUGGAUGAUGCCCCCGGAGGAUCAGAAUCUGGGACAUAUCCAGGGUCACAACCCAUGCAGCAUACCUUUGCAGCUGAUGGCAACAUGCACAUCUCCGAGUCAGAAGGUCGUCACCUGGCUGCUUCCAUCUGUUUGGCUUGUGUGGCUGGUGCAGUGGGCGGCUUGGUUUCAGCAGCCCUGUGGAUCAUGGCUGCCAAGGCCUGCGCCAGCCCGGUGGUCUACUUCUCACUCUAUGCCAUUCCGGCCCUGCUGAUGGUGGGUGGGCUGCUGGCGCUCCUUGGUGGCAGCAUUCACGCUGGCAUCAUGCUUUGCCUGCUGGGCGGCCUGAUGAUUGUCUUGACGAUGUGUUGUUGGGCUCGCUAUAUCCCGUUCACCAUUGAAAUUGUGCAGAUGGUGGCCACAGCCUUCAGUGAGAGGUCAGAGAUGGUCGUAAUUUCUGCAAUUGGAGGUUUUGUAGGUCCUCUCUGGAUCACUUUAGUGAUUCUUGGCUAUCUAGCUUAUUAUAUCAAGCGCACAGGUGGCAUGUCAGCUGAGCCAUCAGAUGGGGACAGCGGUGCAAUCUAUUUCUUUUUCUUUGUAUUCCUGUGGGGCAUUGGCGUGAUCGGGAACGUUUCCCACAUGGCCUACUGCGGUGUCUUCAGUCGAUGGUACUUUGAGGAGGAUGAGGCACCCCUGCUCAAGAGCCUGCAUGUGGCGACAGUUACAUCCUUCGGCAGCAUUUGUUUUGGCACCAUGAUGGUUGCUGCUAUCAACACCGUGGAAGCCAUUGUUCGAGGCAUAAGGCAUGCUGCCCAAGAGGAUGGCAACAUCGUGGGUUGUGUGAUUGCCCUGAUCAUGGAAGCCAUCAUCAGCUGCAUUGGUGAUUUGAUGGAGUACUUCAAUGAGUGGGUCUACGCCAUGUGCGCUUUGCGUGGAGGUUCCUUCUGCGACUCUGCCCGUGGCACCUGUACCUUGAUCUCUUGCACGGGGAUGAAGGCCAUCAUUGGGGACGUGCUGAUUGACCGGGUGGUGGGCUUUGGCCUCCUCCUGGCCACCGUGGCCGGCGGCGGCCUCGCGGCCUUGGCCGGCCUCCUGACGGCCACGGACACUGGCGGCAGCAUGUCCCGAGGAGACGUGAUCGCCUGCAGUCUGGCGGUGGGAUUGGUGAGUGCCGCCAUCUCCGGUGGAGGAGUCAUGUUAAUCAUGGGCAGCGGCACCAAGGCCAUCUUGAUGUGUUGGGCUGAGGAUCCAGAUCGCUUGCACCAACAGCAUGGCUUCGAGGCUUUGCACACUGAGCUCAACAACAAAGCCCGUGAAUGGAAAUGAGAUGAACUUUGCCUGAAUGGACCGAACAGAUGGGCGUGUCAAAGACACCUCCGCUUUACAGAGCUGCGGCUACUUGUUCUUUUGACUGUGGGUUUUUGCGGUGACGUGACUGUGCAGUGUCACUUGCAUCCCACCUCAGCUGAGUGUUCAAAUAAACAAACAAAUGUGCACUUGUGCAUUGCUCGUGCUGUGACAGGUGAUUUUUCAUUGCGGACCAAUCAUUGCUCGCAGCUUAGCAACUCGAG